GUCUUGCUCAGGCGUUAUUGUUGCGGAUCGGAGGUUUCUGAAUAGGUCGUUCCCGCUCGGAUCACUUUCUUUUUGGUGGGAGAGCUUUUCUCUCACCUUGCAGUACUACUUUUCCUGUCCCAAGCAAAAAUGCGCUUAAAAGGCAAAGUAACAGCUAUUCCUCCACGCCUAGCGCAGCACGGCCGAUUUUGUCGGGAUCAAAAUGCGACCAGGAUCUCUUCCGCUCAGAUAAUUAGCACCAUGGAGCCUCAGGUGUCAAAUGGCCCAACAUCUAAUACAACCAAUGGACCUGCCAGCAACAGUAGGAACUGCCCUUCCCCUAUGCAGACGGGGGCUGCUACGGAUGACAGCAAAACAAACCUCAUAGUCAACUAUUUACCACAGAACAUGACCCAGGAAGAGUUCAGGAGCCUUUUUGGGAGCAUUGGUGAAAUAGAAUCUUGCAAGCUUGUGAGAGACAAAAUUACAGGGCAGAGUUUAGGGUAUGGAUUUGUUAACUAUAUUGAUCCAAAGGAUGCAGAGAAAGCCAUUAACACUUUAAAUGGACUCAGACUCCAGACCAAAACCAUAAAGGUUUCCUAUGCUCGUCCAAGUUCAGCAUCAAUCAGAGAUGCUAACCUGUAUGUCAGCGGCCUUCCAAAAACGAUGACCCAAAAAGAGCUGGAGCAGCUUUUCUCACAAUAUGGGCGCAUCAUCACCUCAAGAAUUCUGGUUGAUCAAGUCACAGGUGUUUCUCGUGGUGUUGGGUUUAUCCGUUUUGAUAAGAGAAUAGAGGCAGAAGAAGCCAUAAAGGGACUUAAUGGCCAGAAGCCCAGUGGUGCUACAGAACCGAUCACUGUGAAGUUUGCUAAUAACCCCAGUCAGAAAACAAGCCAAGCCCUCCUUUCCCAACUGUACCAGUCUCCCAACAGACGCUAUCCUGGACCUCUCCACCAUCAAGCUCAGAGAUUUAGGCUGGACAAUUUGCUUAAUAUGGCCUAUGGCGUAAAGAGGUUUUCUCCAAUCACAAUUGAUGGGAUGACAAGCCUUGUAGGAAUGAAUAUUCCUGGCCAUACUGGGACUGGAUGGUGCAUCUUUGUCUACAAUUUGUCACCUGACUCAGAUGAGAGUGUCUUGUGGCAGCUCUUUGGCCCCUUUGGAGCAGUCAAUAAUGUCAAGGUGAUCCGCGACUUCAACACCAACAAGUGCAAGGGAUUUGGCUUUGUCACCAUGACCAACUACGAUGAAGCUGCCAUGGCAAUUGCCAGCCUUAACGGAUACCGCUUAGGAGACCGAGUAUUGCAAGUUUCCUUUAAAACCAACAAAACCCAUAAAUCCUGAAUUUCAUAUCCUUAAUAAUAAUUAUUAUUAUAAAUAUAUAUAUAUAUAUAAAUAUAUAUACGAACAAAAAAAAACUUUCAAGGCUUAUACUCAACCAUGGACUUUUAUAAGCCAGUGUUGCCUAAGUAUUAAAAUAUUGAUAUCCUGUGAACAGGAAAGGAUUUUAUAAUGCUUAGAAAAAAAAACCUUUGAUGCAUUGAAUGUUCUUUCAUAGCUGUCGUUGUUGAAUAUAAUAUACAUAGAUAACAAUGUGCAGGGAUUUUUACCCGGCCAGCUAGUUUUACACCUUCCUUGAAGGUGGGUCUUUUUAAGAUGACCAUUCACUCAUUUGAAAAAAAUUAAUAAAUGAAAAGCCUAAAACCAUUUUUACAGACUAAUGGGAUUAGCAGAUUUUGCUCUUUUUUUCCAAAAUGUUUGAUCCAAUCAGAUUGGUAAACCCCCAACAUAAAUUAAAGAGGAACAAUAAAAUUUGCAAAAUGAGAAACAGCAUUUUGCAACUUUUUUAUUUUUCCUUUUUUAUUUUAUAUCAUGUGAACUAAACAGUCUUCUGUUAGGGAUAGGGUGAAGGGGGAUACCUGAUGACAUAACAGUUUAAAUAACAUUAACAAUGUUGCCAAAGAGGUGGUCUCUUUGCUGAAAAUGGGUUUCAAGAAAAAUCUAUUUUUAUAAAAUAUAAAGAAUUUUUACAAGAGAAUCUGGAUUUGAGAAAAAAAUAUUUUGACUGGCUAAUUUAGGGGAAAUUGACAACUUUGUCAUGUUCAUACUGCACUGGUAACUUUUUAGAGAUCAAGAUGUGUGUUUUAAACUGGAUUAAGUAGAUUGUUUUUUGAAGGAUGGGCUACAAACAGAUGAUCUUCGUAUCUUUUCAUAGCAUGUAAUAAAAAUAUUAAAUACCGAACGGGAGAGUGUUCUUCCCAGGCACACAGUUACCCACAGUCAAAACCCAAAAGCAAGGAGAUGAGUUGCAGGAUGUUUUUUCUUUAAGUCAUCAGUAUGGGAUAUCAGCAGAACAAAAGUUUUGGAAAAAAAAUAAUUUUAAUAAAGAAAACUACCUUUGUUCAAGCAGUAGGUGCUACAAAAUUAUUUACAUAUCUUAGUAUCAUAGUUAAAUGUAAUGUGUUUAGAGGGAAAAAAGUACAUUUGCUUUAAAUUUGUUAAGAAUUUUCAGAUUCACUUUCUGGCCCAUACUGAUAUAAAUUGGGCUGUGUUGGCACAUUUGAAACACCCUUUAUGUUGCUUGAAACACUUAUUUAUUUACUUGCUGAUGUGACGCAUAUGCCAAAAUCAAAUACUGCUAGUUUGGCUAGUCUACUUAUUUGUUUACUUAAACUAUGGGAAGAAGCAUAUUAUUGUGUCAUUU